AUGGACGUCAUCUAUCCUUGCCAAAAUCUAAACAAAUCUAUCUCAUCUUUCCAGGUCCUCUUCGAUAGCUUCACUCUUGGGCGCUUCACCUCCUUCACAGAAGACGGUUGUCCAGAUGGCUACAUGCAGAUCCAAGAAGCCAGCAGACCACAAGUCGGAGGCUCGUGGUGUGGAACUUCCUGGGGCCCUUCCAUCUACUACAGCGAAACAAAAUCUAUCACUCUCAUCAUACGACUCUUGCAUUUAUCGAAGGAACAAAAUAACUAUAAUUUCGACUUCAGAAUGGCUUAUAAGGUUUUGAGAAGGGAAUAUGCCACCGUCCGAUACGGAGGGACCCCUCCUUCGGAACGGCCUUUUUUCAAACUGAGGCCAAUGCCUUAUCCCGUAAACAUAUCACGCGGCGAGGAUACGACUGUAGCCAAGACGACAAAAACUCCAGAGUAUUACCUCGGGGAUUUGAUUUCUGGAACUUAUUGCUCACGGAUAUUCAGCGACUGUGAUCGUAAAAAUUGUAGGUUACAGUCACCAAAUUUUCCCGGUGUGUACCCAAGAAACCUGACAUGUUACUAUGCGGUGCGACAGCACGAAGUGCCUCAAGGAAAGCACGCCCUAAUAGUUGUUAAACAGCCGAACGGCCAACUAGUUUCCAUUAGGAGCCAGAAGGCUUUGUACGCAGCGCAACAAGAACGGGGUAAUAAUGGACGGGAGCUGAAAUUUUGGCAACAAUGUGACGAAGUUCAAGACUAUGUAACGGUUUACGAUGGCUAUACAACAAGAGAUCCAGUCAUAUUGAGAUUUUGUGGAGGAGGUGUAUCCGUUCCCGAGGCGAUAUCGAGUGGUCCUGAAUUGUUAGUAGAAUUUACGACUUCACCUUUCGGAACGUUUUUACAACCAGUAACGUCACAAUCUCUUCAUGGAUUUCAGCUGGAAGUUGAGGUCAGGUUUGUGGAUCAACAGUCGCCGACGUACGCGAAGAACAAAAGGGCCUGCGAGUUUUGGAUUAGAGGGACAGGCCGAGGGGUUUUGGAACACCCGCAACAUUCCUUGCCUCCGAAUACCACAUGCCUUUACCACAUGCAAGGAAUAGACACCUCUGGCCCCUCGGGUCGCAACAUAAUUUACAGAAGGCCCUCAUUUUCAGCUCCGCGUUUCAGAGUGUGGUUUUCAGUAUUGAAAUUUUAUGUGACAAACGCUUUAAAUCCUAACUUGCCCGAGGACGAGUACUGUGGGAGCCAUUUGAAUAUAUGGGAUGGUCCGAUGAGAAUAUCGCCCGGUUGCAGCGAUAUAUUUUGCGACAAAGAGAGGUCAGUGCAGAUGUCUCGGGCGACCUCCCCUCAAUCAGUAAUAGUGGGUCGUCCCCCAACAAAUGCUACCUUAGUUGCAAGGUUCUGUCGGGAGCGUGCCCCAAGGACAUGCGAACACGCGUUAUUACGGAGAUCCAGGGCCUGUGCAAAAACAGAAAGUUUUCUUUCUAAAGGAGACUCAUUGACAUUGGAGCUAAAAUUGACGCAGGGGACCGCAUUGAAACCAGUUUACUUCAAAGCGCUAUAUGAGUUUGUGGAUUUACAUCAAGAUGGAGAGCCCUGGGGUAGGGGCACUUGUUCCAGACGAUUUGCUUCACGUUCAUUCCCAGAAGCACCUCCUGAUCCACCGAUAACGUUUUCAUCUCCACGAGACGUGUUUCUGUAUGGGAGAGGAGGAAAUCGAAAUAUUAGUUGCACUUAUCGCUUCGAAGCAAAUCCUGGUGAAGUAAUAAGAGUUCGAGUAUGGGGGAUACGGAGUGGAGGGCGACUGUGCCGGUCUGUUCAUUCAGCUCAUUCACCAUGGUACCGCUGCGCUGGGGACAUUACUGCAGCCGUCAGAAUCUUCGACAAACCCUGGAGAGACGCUGGUUCAAGAAUACCUAGAGACUGUUUGUGCAGUGACGUUGGCGAUUACGAAUUCACAUCUCUAUCCACGGUCGCUGAGCUCAGAUUCGACGUCGUCAACAUGACAGCUUCUGACGACUUUAGAUCGUUUGGAUUCGAAGCUUCUGUAGAAUUUGUACGAUUGGAAGCUGGAUGUGAAACCUCUCAUCGAGUUUAUGGUGCUAGUGGAGAAAUGAGACUUGCUUCUUCAAAUCCGAUGUCGGAAUCGGAACGCUGUGAACGUCGUCCAUGGCUGAUUGAUCCAUCCCCAGGCCGGUACCUCUACCUUCAAAUCCGAGGAAGCAUCAUCAGGGAACCAGAAUUAGAUAACUUCACUCUUCUAAACAAUAUCACUGUGGCUCCAGAUAUGAGACAUCUUUGCAGAACUCCUAACCGAAUAGCAGUUUAUACUGGAGGUCUUGCACCUACUUUUAUUUGUCCUGAACCACCUGAAGAACAGAUGGAAGAUAUGGUGGAAGUUUUCUCUGAUGGUUGGUCCAGAGAAGUGGAUCCUCUUGCCCGACACGUGUUUGCUUCUCCCUCUGCCUCCGAUCAUUUCGACCUGGACUGGCCAAGAUCAUUGAGUGUAGAACUCAUUGCUGUAGAACCUGCUUCCUAUUAUGUUACGUGGUUGGAACUUUCUAGAAGUUCCCACGGCGGCGUGUUCGCGCUGUCCGGCGAGUGCGAGUACCGGUGCGCGUCGCUGGACGCGUGCAUCGCGGGCGCGCUGUGGUGCGACGGCACGGCGCACUGCCCGCGCGGGGACGACGAGCGCCUCGCGCACUGCUCCGCGCUGCUGCGGGCGCCCGCGCACUACGCACUCAUGUUUAUAGCGCUCACACUACUUGCUGCUUUUGCUGUGAUAACCGCAGCCCGUUCCUGCCGGCGGCGUCGGUCCGCGCUGCAGCAGCGGCUGAAGAGCCUGUCGUCAGACACGGCCAUCUUCGACGAAAAAGAAGUGAUUUGCUGA